GAAUUUGGUUUUCAAUAAUGAAAAUGCCUCAAACAGGUGAUGAGGUUGAGUUUGCUUCUAGGAACAAUGAAAAUGGUGAAGUUGUUGUUGAUGAUGAUGAUGAUGAUGAUGAUGAUGAUGAGAAGCUCCAGCCUCAAUGGGCUGCUAUUGAGAGAUUACCAACGUUUGAAAGGAUCAAUACUGCUUUGUUCUGCAAAAGAGAUGAACAAGGGAAGAGAACAGAGAGACGACAAGUCAUGGAUGUUUCUAAACUUGAGGAUCUUGAUAGACAUCUCUUUAUAGAUGAGCUCAUUAGACAUGUUGAGACUGAUAAUCUCCGCUUAUUGCAGAAAAUCAAGAAGAGAGUUGACGAGGUUGGGAUUGAGUUACCAACGAUUGAAGUUAAGUUUGUCGAAGCAGAGUGUGAGGUAGUUUAUGGGAAGCCAAUCCCAACUCUUUGGAACGCUAUUGCAAGCAGAUUAUCCAGAUUCAUGUGUUCAAAGCAAGUAAAGAAAAAAAGCAUCUUGAAAGGCGUUAAUGGCAUCAUAAGGCCUAAAAGAAUGACUUUGUUGCUUGGUCCUCCUGGUUGUGGUAAAACCACUCUGCUACUCGCACUAUUUGGAAGACUCGACCCUUCUUUAAAGACAAGAGGAGAAGUUACUUACAACGGUCACUUGUUUUCGGAGUUUGUAUCUGAGAAAACAUCGAGUUAUGUAAGUCAAAACGAUCUGCACAUUCCAGAGCUUAGUGUGAGAGAGACACUCGAUUUUUCAGGAUGUUUUCAAGGCACGGGAAACCGUUUAGAAAUGAUGAAAGCUAUUAGUAGAAGGGAGAAACUAAGAGGAAUAGUUCCAGAUCCUGAUAUAGAUGCAUACAUGAAGGCAGCUUCAAUUAAAGGUUCAAAAACUAAUCUGCAAACUGAUUAUAUCCUAAAGAUCCUAGGGCUCAAUAUAUGUGCAGAUACCCGUGUUGGAGAUGCUUCGAGACCAGGAAUAUCUGGUGGCCAAAAGAGAAGAUUAACUACAGGUGAGACGAUUGUAGGUCCAAUAAAUACUCUGUUCAUGGAUGAAAUAUCGGAUGGUUUGGACAGCUCAACUACGUUCCAGAUUAUGUCAUGUCUCCAGCAGUUUGCACUUUUAUCUGAAGGAACCAUACUGGUUUCACUGCUUUAGCCUGCACCAGAAACGUUUGAGCUUUUCGAUGAUGUGAUUCUUAUGGGAGAAGGAAAGAUAAUCUAUCACGGUCCACGAGAUUACGCAUGUAGAUUCUUUGAGGAUUGUGGAUUUAAAUGUCCAAAUAGGAAAUCUGUUGCUGAAUUUCUUCAGGAGGUAAUCUCAAAGAAAGAUCAAGAACAGUAUUGGUGUCACAGAGACAAACCAUAUUGUUAUGUCUCCAUUGAUUCAUUUAUUGAGAGAUUCAAAAAGUCUGAUAUUGGGUUACAACUAAAAGAAGAGGUCUCCAAGAGCUAUGAAAAGUCUCAGGCUCAAAAAGAUGCACUGUGCUUUAGAAAAUACUCACUUAGUAACUGGGAGAUGCUAAAAGGUUGUUCAAGGAGAGAAUUUCUUCUGAUGAAAAGAAACUAUUUCGUUUAUGCAUUCAAGUCUGGACUCUUAAUCUUUAUUGGAUUCAUUGCAAUGACUGUUUAUCUACGGACUGGGUCUACAAGAGAUGCUCUUCAUGCUAAUUACCUUAUGGGUUCUUUGUUCUUUUCAAUCUUUAAACUUCUUGCUGAUGGACUUCCAGAACUCACAUUGACAAUCUCGAGGAUCGCUGUUUUCUGCAAGCAAAAGGAGUUAUACUUUUACCCUGCUUGGGCAUAUGCAAUCCCUUCAGCUAUUUUAAAGACACCGAUUUCAUUUCUUGAAGCAUUCCUCUGGACCUUGUUGACAUAUUAUGUCAUUGGUUACAGUCCUGAGUUUGGCAGGUUCAUUCGCCAGUUCUUGAUCUUCUUUGCUUUGCACCUUUCAUGUAUAUCAAUGUUCCGUGCUAUAGCUGCCACCUUUAGAGACUUUGUUCUUUCUACAACCAUUGGAACAAUCUCUGUAGUGCUUCUCUCAUUAUUUGGAGGAUUCAUUGUUCGAAAACCCUCCAUGCCUGCUUGGCUUGAGUGGGGAUUCUGGUUAUCUCCAUUGUCAUAUGCUGAGAUUGGCCUAACCGCAAAUGAAUUUUUCGCUCCAAGGUGGAGAAAGGUAAUGAAUUCAAACAGAACUUUGGGGGAACAAGUUCUAGAUGUUCGCGGCUUGAACUUUGGUAAUCACUACUGGAGAGCUUUUGGUGCUUUGAUUGGCUUCACACUCUUCUUCAAUAUUGUUUUUGCACUGGCCUUGACAUUUCUAAAGUCUUCACAGAGAUCUCGUACGAUUGUUUCUCGUGAGAACACUCAAAGUUCAAAAAACGAUUAUAAAUCAAGUUCUAAAGUUUCUUCCCAAUCCAAGAAUGCAUUGCCUUUCAAGCCCCUCUCUUUCACAUUUCAAGACGUGCAAUAUUUCAUCGAGACACCUCUGGGAAAGAAGCUACAGCUUCUCUCUGACGUUACAGGCGCAUUCAAGCCUGGUGUUCUCACUGCUUUAAUGGGUGUGAGUGGAGCUGGUAAAACCACUCUGCUUGAUGUUCUUUCCGGAAGAAAAACCCGUGGUGACGUUAAAGGACAAAUCCAAGUAGGCGGUUACCUUAAGGUCCAAGAAACAUUUGCUAGGGUUUCAGGUUAUUGCGAACAGUUUGAUAUUCAUUCUCCAAACUUAACCGUCGUGGAGUCCUUGAUAUACUCUGCUUGGCUUCGACUUCCUUCUACCAUCAAUUCAGAAACAAAGCGUGCAAUAGUCAAGGAAGUUCUUGAAACGAUAGAGCUCGAGGAGAUUCAAGAUUCUAUUGUAGGACUUCCUGGAAUUAGCGGUUUAACAACAGAACAACGAAAGAGGCUAACAAUAGCUGUGGAGCUUGUUGCCAAUCCUUCAAUCAUAUUCAUGGAUGAACCAACCACAGGGUUAGAUGCAAGAGCUGCUGCAAUUGUUAUGAGAGCUGUGAAGAACAUCGCCGAGACUGGCAGAACCGUUGUUUGCACCAUUCACCAGCCAGGCAUAGAUAUAUUCGAAGCAUUUGAUGAGCUGAUUCUGAUGAAAAAUGGAGGAAAGAUUAUCUAUUAUGGACCUCUUGGACAACAUUCAAGCAAAGUUAUUGAAUAUUUUAUGAGCAUUCCUGGAGUUCCGAAAAUAAAAGAGAACACUAAUCCAGCCACUUGGCUUCUAGACAUUACUUCUAAAUCCUCAGAAGACAAACUUGGUGUUGAUUUGGCACUAAUGUACACAGAAUCGACUUUGUUUAAGGAGAACAAAAUGGUAAUUGAGCAAAUGAGGUCUAAAUCUUUGGGAACAGUAGGAUUAAUCUCCUCUACGCGAUAUGCUCAAACGGGUUGGGAACAAUUCAGAGCAUGCCUCUGGAAACAACAUCUCUCUUAUUGGAGAAACCCUUCUUACAACCUCACUCGCAUCAUCUUCAUGUGCCUUACUUCUUUGCUCUGUGGCCUUCUCUUCUGGCAAAAAGCUAAGGAAAUUCUCUCUCAAAAGAUUCUUGAACAUAUCUUUGGCUCAAUGUACACAGUGGUUCUCUUCUCUGGAAUAAAUAAUUGUUCAACAGUGUUGUUUUGCGUUGCAACCGAGAGAAAUGUCUUUUACCGAGAAAGAUUUGCAGGAAUGUACACCUCAUGGGCGUAUUCUCUUGCUCAGGUGUUGGUUGAGAUUCCAUACUCAUUAUUCCAAUCUAUUCUAUGUGUGACAAUCGUAUAUCCUAUGGUUGGGUAUCACUGGUCAGUUUACAAAGUGUUUUGGAGCUUGUACACAAUCUUCUGCUCGUUGCUCAUCUUCAACUAUUUCGGCAUGCUUUUAGUCGUUGUGACACCAAACAUUCACGUUGCCUUUACUCUGCGCUCGUCUUUUUACUCUGUCGUGAAUCUCUUUGCUGGUUAUGUCAUGCCAAAGCCUAGUAUUCCGAGAUGGUGGAUUUGGAUGUAUUACUUGAGCCCUACGUCAUGGGUUUUGAAUGGAUUGCUCACGUCGCAGUAUGGAGAUAUGGAGAAAGAGAUAUUAGCAUUUGGGGAGAAGAAGAAAGUUUCAGCUUUCUUGGAGGAUUAUUUUGGUUACAGAUAUGAAUCUUUGGCUCUUGUAGCUUUUGUUCUCAUUGCCUUCCCAAUUCUCUUGGCAUCUCUUUUCGCUUUCUUCGUUGGCAAACUCAAUUUCCAAAAGAAGUGAUUUUGCCAUC